AUGGCAUCCAACCCACCAGGAAAGUGCUGCACUAUUGGUGUUAAGCAUGAGGGCACGCCGACUGGCGAGCUGAAGAACAUUGGUGACGUCUCGACCUACUUCGCCUAUCCCGAAUCCAAGGAUACCUCCACCGCAAUCCUCAUCCUCACAGACGUCAUCGGCCACAAGUUCGAGAACGCCCAGCUCAUCGCCGACCAGUUCGCCGCCAAUGGCUACUACGUCGUGAUGCCCGAUCUCUUCGAGGGCGACCCAAUCCCCCUCAACCGACCAGCGGAUUUCGACAUCAUGAAGUGGCUCACGACUUCAGGCCCCUCCAAGGGUCACACGAAGGAGACGGUGGACCCGAUCGUUGAGAAGAUCAUCAAGGACAUGAAGCAGAACCAGGGCGUGAAGAAGAUUGGCGCGGUGGGCUACUGCUUUGGCGCGAAAUACGUCGCUCGCUUCAUGACUGGCGGCAAGGGUGUGGAUGUGGGUUACAUGGCGCAUCCUAGCUUUGUGGAUGCCGAUGAGGUCAAGGCUUUGACUGGCCCUCUGUCGAUUGCUGCUGCCGAAACCGACCAGAUCUUCCCCGCGGAGAAGCGCCGAGAGACGGAAGACAUCAUCAAGGACAUGUCCAUCCCAUACCAGAUCUCGCUCUACAGCGAUGUCGAGCACGGCUUCGCUGUUCGUGCGGACACCACCAAGGCGCCAGUAAAGUACGCCAAGGAGGCUGCAUUCCUGCAGGCUGUUGCUUGGUUCGACGAGUUCCUCAAGGGUAGCAGGAGCUGGGCCGCGUAA